AUGAUUGGUUACGUUCCGGCGGCUUAUUUGAUGCCCAUUGGAGAUGCUCCUCAGGACGCCAUACCAACUGAAGAACCCAAUACUGACAACGGGAUUGUCAACGACAUUCCAAUCACAGCUGAGCUUCAAUUGUCGAGCGAAGGCGCCCACAGGGCUCAGUCGGCCGACAGCUUUGUCAGAGCUAUCUAUGGAUAUACCGCCACUUCCGAGGAAGAGAUGUCUUUCAGCGAAGGCGAUAUAUUGAAACUGUUGAACAAAUCAGACGACGGCUGGUGGACAGCGGAGAAGGACGGAGUGGUCGGACACUUCCCAUCGAUGCUCGUCGAAGAGCUCUCCGAUGAUCGAGAUUCUGGAGCUUUUGCU